AUGCAAACCAAGGGCAGCAACCACAGCAGCAGCAGCCCUUCCUCCUCCUCCUCCUGCACGGCGGCCGCCGCCCCGGCCGAGCCUCCCCUGGCCGCCUCCCCUUCCUCUUCCUCCUCCUCCUCCUCGCCCUCCGCCAUGGCGGCGGCGGCCGGGGCCGAGGGGCUGCGGCAGGGCGAGGCGGGCGGCGCCGAGGGCGCCCUGAGCCCGCAGCAGCAGCACGAGGAGCUGCAGGAGGAGAUGGAGAAGCUGCGCGAGGAGAACGAGAGCCUCAAGAAUGAGAUCGAUGAACUGAGGACCGAGAUGGACGAGAUGAGGGACAGCUUCUUCGAGGAGGAUGCUUGUCAGCUGCAAGAAAUGCGCCACGAGCUGGAGCGAGCCAACAAAAACUGCCGGAUCCUCCAGUACCGGCUGCGCAAGGCCGAGCGCAAGAGGCUCCGCUACGCGCAGACCGGCGAGAUCGACGGCGAGCUCUUGCGCAGCAUGGAGCAGGACCUCAAGGUUGCAAAAGAUGUAUCGGUGAGACUUCAUCAUGAGCUAGAAAACGUGGAAGAAAAACGUACCGUGACAGAAGAUGAAAAUGAAAAAUUAAGACAGCAGCUUAUAGAAGUUGAAAUUGCAAAACAGGCACUACAGAAUGAACUGGAAAAAAUGAAAGAGUCACUGAAAAGAAGAGGGAGCAAAGACUUGCAAAAAUCAGAAAAAAAGUCACAGCAGACACCAACAGAGGAGGAUAAUGAAGACCUGAAAUGCCAGUUGCAAUUUGUCAAAGAGGAAGCAGCCUUGAUGAGGAAAAAAAUGGCCAAGAUUGAUAAGGAGAAAGACAGAUUUGAGCACGAGCUGCAGAAAUAUAGAUCAUUUUAUGGGGAUUUGGACAGUCCCUUGCCAAAAGGUGAAGCAGGUGGGCCACCUACUACAAGAGAAGCUGAACUCAAGCUUCGAUUGAGACUUGUGGAGGAGGAAGCGAACAUUCUUGGGAGGAAAAUAGUGGAACUAGAAGUAGAAAACCGAGGACUAAAGGCAGAGCUUGAUGAUUUAAGAGGAGAUGAUUUCUCAGGGACUGCUAAUCCGCUCCUGGGAGAACAGAGUGAAUCCCUGUCAGAACUGCGACAGCAUUUGCAGUUAGUAGAAGAUGAGACAGAAUUGCUGAGGAGAAAUUUAGCUGAUUUGGAAGAACAAAACAAGCGCAUAACAGCUGAGUUGAACAAAUAUAAGUACAAGUCUGGGGCCCAUGAGAGCUCGAGGCACCAUGAUAAUGCCAAGACAGAAGCCUUACAGGAGGAGCUAAAAGCUGCACGAAUGCAAAUCAACGAGCUGAGCGGCAAAGUCAUGCAACUGCAGUACGAGAACAGAGUAUUAAUGUCUAACAUGCAGCGCUACGACCUGGCCUCUCACCUUGGCAUCCGUGGCAGUCCUAGAGACAGCGAUGCUGAGAGUGAUGCAGGAAAGAAAGAAAGCGACGAUGAUUCCCGCCCCCCUCACCGCAAACGGGAAGGCCCCAUUGGUGGGGAGAGUGACUCCGAAGAGGUACGAAAUAUCCGAUGCCUGACGCCCACGAGGUCUUUUUAUCCUUCGCCAAGUGGGUGGCAGAAGAGCUUCACCGACAGGCAGCAGAUGAAGGACAUCCGCUCUGAAGCAGAGCGGCUGGGCAAGACGAUAGAUCGCCUCAUUGCUGACACGAGUACCAUCAUAACGGAGGCCAGAAUAUAUGUGGCUAAUGGGGAUCUGUUUGGACUGAUGGAUGAAGAGGACGAUGGCAGCAGAAUCCGCGAGCAUGAGCUUCUGUACCGGAUCAACGCCCAGAUGAAGGCGUUCAGGAAAGAGCUCCAGACUUUCAUCGACAGGCUUGAAGUUCCAAAGUCAUCAGAUGACCGAAGUGCAGACGAACCUUUGUCAGUGAGUCAGGUAGACUUUUACUUAUUACGGCCUACAGGUAAAAAGGCUCUGCCAAAUGAAUUAAGCUUAAAAUUUGAUGUAUGGCACGUUAAAGUGGUUAUGUUAGAUAGUGGACAGAAAUCUCUAUCUUCUGAAUUAUUUACACCUGAUCAUAUGAGACCUGUUUCCAUCAGUUUUCCAUUGUGAACAAUGGUUAACUAUGGUCUCCAUGAAAUUAAAAGAAUAAUACUAGAGUUAACA